UGAACACUACGACGUAAAUUUUUAGUCGGCCAUUAGAUCGAAUACUAGAUUAUUUUUGGAAGUUUCAGCCAUCGUGCUGCCCGGCAAAUUUGUCGUUAGAAAUCUUAUCCGAUCACUUUGUUUGCGCCCAUUUUGUCUGGCAAGGGAGUUACUAAAUACUCCUUUGCUAAUUUGCCCCUUUGCCGUUAACUCUCUAUUAAUAAAACCCAACUUUCCAACUGAACUAUUAUUUGCAAUAGUUCAUUUUAUUAUUACAUUAAGAUGGAAGGUGCCUUUUGAUAAGAUGAAUCCUUUGCUUGAAUCACGUUGUUUCUACUCCCCUCGUGGAGAUAGCUCUGCGUCUCUCUCUAGUUUGAUUAGUAUUAGUAGUUUUUUGUUGUUUAAUUCACCAACUUUCAUUUUCCAAAAUGGAAAGCAAGAACUUGCGUCCUAGUGGGCCAUCCUCAGAUAUCAAACCUAAUAAAACAGAUCUGAGCUCUUUGACUGGGACAAAAUUGCAGAAUCGUAGUGGGAAGAAAAGAGAAAAUGUCUUACCUAAGAGUCCCAGUGCAAGUAUUUCUACUGGACCUGUUCCGACUGGAUCCAAAAAUCAGAAGCCAUGGCUGCCCAAGCAAAAAGGACCAGACAAGAGGCAGCAGAGAACUGGUGGGCUUGUUGGAUCAGGAACCAAUAGAAAAAAUUAUCACCAGGUAACUGAUGACCCAAAUGAUCCCGAUUUUGAUUUGAUGUUAUCUGAAACGGGAAAGAAACAAAAUUUGGCUCAUCUUCUAAAUAUGAAGUUUCAAUUUGCUCCACGAGAUACUUCUGUGUCUAACUACUGGAGAGCUACCCAUUCUGGCAAUGGAGGGAAAGGAAAGCGAUUUAGUAGUUACUCUGGCAGGGCUCAUCUUAACAAGGAUCACUAUCUCCAAGCCAAUUGUCAGUUUGUUGUUAAAGCUGAUGGAGACUACACAGUCUAUUUAGCAGAUCCAGAUCUAUUGGUUCCAUGGGAGUCUAUUGAACAAAUUAGAAUCUGGGGGUCGGAAGUCGGAUCUUGUCCAAUAUGUCUACAUUCUCCUGUUGCGGCCAAGAUGACUCGCUGUGGUCACAUCUAUUGUUGGCCCUGUAUUCUUCACUUUUUGGCUCUGUCCGACAAGCCGUCAAGACCUUGUCCUAUAUGCGAUGUUUCUGUUCGUAUUCAAGAUUUGAAAAGUGUGGUGGCUCUUGAGCAGAGAAAUCUUAAGGUGGGAGAUGCUUUGGAGAUGAGAUUGAUGAAGCGCGAUCGCCAUUCGCUACAACCGCAGCCAGUUUCGCGAUCCCAAGAAUUUGGUGUUCCUUCUAAACAGCUGAAGCCCUCCUAUUUGGGUAAAGUCGGUGAGGAUCAUGUUUUCAGCAAAUUACUACUCUGUACGCCGAACGAGGUCGCCAAUUUGAUACUGCAAUGGGAGAAAACUGAAUUGCAAACUCAGUUGGAGUCUGAAAAAGAUUGCCCAGAGUCGUGUUUCAUUCAACAAGCUUUGGAACUAUUGGCAGUGAGAGAAAACAGCACCGCAGUCGAAUGCCUAUCAUCUUUCGCAACAGCAUUGGAUUUGACGGCUGUCAAUGUUAAUGCGGAUUCCUUCAAGAGUGACGCAUUGACUAGUAUGGCGUUGCAUGAAGACACGAAUAUUCAACCAGGCGAAGAAUUGAUAUUCGGCGAUUUGCAAUCAGAAGAAAUCAAAGAUUGUCAAUCAGAUGUUUCGUCUAACACAACGUGUGGACAUGUGGACAUACCGUUGGGUGAAUCGAGCGCAUUUCGGAAAUCCCUAGUUGCUAGUCCAGAUAAUGUUUCGGUAACUGAUUCCCAUCAGCAUCAACAACAGAAAAAUGUGUUUUAUUUUUACCAAAGUAGUGAUGGUCAAGCAAUUUAUCUUCACCACAUCAACGUUCAGAUGCUUGUUCGUUGUUACGGAUCGUUGGAACUGUGCCCAGAAACUAUCCAGGGGCGUAUUGUUGAAAUUGAAACUUUGUCCAUGACUGAAGAGUGGCGAAAUCGGCUACGCUAUUUAGGACAUAUUCCGGUCUCGAAGCAAUUCCAGAUUAUGGAAAUUGCACUCACAGAACCCGAGCUGGAUUUCAGCAUUCUUGAAGAAUUCAAAGAACGUGUUGAUGAGCGGGCCCGUCGACGCCGCCGUAAGGAUCGGGAAGAAAGACGUCGUGAACUAGAGAUUCAGCGAGCGGAAGACGCCAAGUGGGGUCGAACAAAAAACCAACCUAUCGUACGGCUUGACUCGCAGGUUCAUUUCCCGGGAUUCAUCAGUCCCAACUCUCUGGAGUUACCAAACAUUGGGGAGGACGAUACGUUCGUCGAUAUCUCACCUGCUAGUAUUGAACGCGGAGCCCAACAGAGUGCUGGAAUGUCGUUUGCACAGAUGUUGCGUGAAGGGAAGAAUAAAAUUCCAACAGUCUGGUCUACACUUUCGAAAUCAGAAAUUAAAAUUUCAGAAUCAGCAUUCAGCCUGAAUAAACCUGGACGUUAUCGCAAUACGAGUGAAAGCGAAUCAGAAAUUGCGGAUUAUGCUCCGGCCCCCGAGUAUAAAGAAACGUUUAGUUCGGCGUUGGCGGCUGCAUUCGAUCAAGCUGCCAAGUCUAAAGGAGUUACUACUGCAGAUGAAAAACCAGAGAACAUGUCAAGUAAGAAAAGCAAAAAGAAAGUUAAACAGAAGGUUUUGUUUUCUACUGGGAUGAAUUUCAUGUGACAUUUACUAAAUUAUCAAUCAAUAACUUUUAUGCUUAAAGCUAAAAAUAGGGGAUAAGGUGAUGGUGUUUAACCUGUUAAUUAAUGUAAACUAGUUGGCUCAUACUAAUAAAAAAUUCACAAUCAA